AACAACACGGAGAAUAGAAAUGGUACAUUAGCUCCUGCCACAGUAAGUCAGAGUGUGACGUAGCAAGCUCUGCUUGUGGCCACAACCCAGUCAUUUUCAGAUGAAGCCGCCUUCCGAUAGAGAGGCAGUGGAGAGAUUUCACUAAUUACCCAGGAUGGAUACACCAGAGGAUUUAUCUCAUUUCACAGUGACUGCAUGUUGUACAGAGUCCAUUGAAAUCUCAAGUUGAUUAUUCCUGCAAAUACCAAAGGCUCUUGAGUGUCACUGAAUGAAACAUUAGUCUCCUCAAACGUGAAUGGUCUGCUUUCCUGCAUCAGUCUGACCAUGCCGGCUCUAUCUACUGCAGCAGGGUUACAUGAGGUGCUGGCUCUUCUGACUGCACAGCUUAGACCAGAUGCAAAUCUCACAGCAGAAAUGGGCUUCCUUACAGAGGUCUUCAGCGAAAAUAGUUUCAACUCACUUAUAAAGAUCCAUCAGAAGCUUCAGCAGUACAUCCGACAGAGCCCAGCGCCCGCAGUACACAACGCUGUAGCUUUGGCUGAUGAUGUAACAGAGGAGCUACAGAGUGGACCACCCAAUAGUGACAUCAGGGAACUGACACAUUUAUUAGCCAAACCGCACUUCCUGGCUGUGCUCUCAGCACACGACGCGAUUGCACGCAAAGCCUUCGGUCCAGUGCUCCCACCCAUGCCAGAUGACGUGGCUGUUCAGGAUGAAGAGGAAUCAAUGAAGAUUGUCCGUCUUGUGAAGAACAAAGAACCAUUGGGGGCAACAAUUAGGAAGAAUGAGCAAACCGGUGCAGUUGUUGUGGCUCGGAUCAUGCAGGGAGGAGCGGCAGACCGUAGUGGUUUGAUACAUGUUGGAGAUGAACUGAGAGAAGUGAACGACGUGCCAGUUGAGCAGAAGACACCAGAAGAAAUCAGUCAGAUCCUGGCCCAGUGGCAAGGUUCAAUAAUCUUAAAGCUGAUCCCAGCAGCUAAAGAAGAUGCCCUGCUGAUCGAAUAUAAGAUAUACGUGAGAGCUUUCUUUGACUAUGACCCAAGAGAGGAUAAAGCAAUUCCCUGUAAAGAGGCAGGGUUACCUUUCAGAAAAGGGGACAUUCUUCACAUCGUGAACCAGGAGGACACGGUGUGGUGGCAAGCGAAGCGUGUCGGAGAUGCAAGUCUCCGUGCUGGCCUUAUUCCAUCAAAGAGAUUUCAAGAGAGACGGCUUGCCUAUUGGCAAAGGCGAGCGACCUUGGAACCAGAGAAAAGCAGCAAAAGAUCAUCAUACGACCAGAGUUGUGAGAAAGAGGACUGUGAGUGUGAUGGAUAUUUGAAUGGGCUUUAUAUAGCUGGCUUACGGAGAAGCUUCCGGCUGAGCAGAAAAUCCCGACAGACGAACCAAACUGAAGAGAAGCAGCCAAAGCCGAGUGAGAGCGUGGAAUAUCUAACCUAUGAGGAAGUGGCCAUCUACCACCGUCGCCCCAAUGAUUCACACAGACUGGUGGUCCUUGCUGGUUCUUUAGGAGCCAAAAUAAAUGAGAUGAGGCAAAGAAUAAUAGCAGAAAAUCCCAAUCGUUACAAUGUGGCUGUUCCUUCAACAACAAGGCAAAAGAAGGUCCAUGAAAGACAAGGAUUGGAGUAUCAUUUUGUCAGCAAGCUCUCAUUUGAAGCAGAUAUUCUGAAGAACAGAUUUGUUGAGCAUGGGGAAUACAAAGACAAUCUCUAUGGGAUCUCUAUAGAUUCCAUCCGCACAGUAAUGCUAAAAAAAAAGGUUUGCUUAGUGGACGCCAAUCCUCAAACAAUCAAACACCUCAGAACAGCAGAAUUUAAACCGUAUGUGAUAUUUGUCAAGCCAUUUAUUCAAGAACCAAGGCCAAUCUCAACAACAGCAGACACAUCAGAGAACGGUGUCAUUAAAGAAUUAGGAGAAGAUGAAUACCAGGAAAUGAAUCAGUCAGCGGCUGACGUUGAAGAGAAGUAUGGUCAUCUUAUCGAUAAAGUCUUGGUGAAAGGUGACCUCCAAACUGCAUGCAGUGAAUUGAAAGUAAUCCUGGAUAACAUAGAACGGGAACCCAUGUGGGUGCCAACUAGCUGGAUCCGCUCCUAGCUGUGCAAACACAACGUGGCCAACCUAAAAGUAGCCCAUCUUCUGAUCUUUGAAUGUCCAAAAUAUUGAUCUGAAGUAAACCUUUUGUUGAUGUUAAUGAUAGUCGACACACAUGCAAAUAACUGAUUAGAGCACACAGCGAACAUGGAUGCAAUUGAGACAUAAUUGCGGCACGGUGACGCAUCAGUAGAGUUGCUGCCUUACAGCGCCAGAGACCCGGGUUCG